UGCGGGAGUUUGCAUUUAGACGCGGCAUCAAGGUCAUGGGGGUCGGGUUUUAGUGCUUCAACAUAGUAAGUAUGGCAUUCAAGAUGAAAGUAAAUCUAUUACUUUUUCAAACGAACAAUGUGCCAGACUCAGGGAUUAAGAGCAUUUUUUGUGACAGCCAACUGUAGCUACAUAGUUAUCAAGGCAACUAGAUUUGCGCAAUAAAAGCUAUUAGUGGUGAAAUUAUAAUAUACUGACGGUCUUGAGUUACCCAUCAAGGAUUACGAUAAUUUGUGCUACUACAGACGGAGUAAAUGUCGGCAAAAUUUCUUUUGAAUGCUUGGUAUUAUUGAGAAUACUUGUAAUGCACCAGUAAGUGAAUUUAAAAUGGUGCUUGAGCUAAUUCAUAAAACAUGCCUUAUCCUUAGCCAGAAUAUGUGGUUAAAUACUUGAUGUGAUGUGUUACGUGGUCAGGAGUUCGUCGUGAGACUAGAUAAUACCCUCUCACUCUAAUCCCCGAGCUCCCAAGUUUGGGGAAAUUACACGAAACCCCCAAAGUUUACUACAGCGGCUUCCUAAAAAUGGGUCAAAUUUCCCCCAAGAUUGGGAGCUGGGGUCCUUACUUUUAGUUCCAAUCUCAAGUUUCGUAAAUUUGUAAACGGAGGAGUAGUAAAAGUAUCGCAUUUGAAAGUUUAUUUUCGCUGGUGCUAGUUCGUGAAGAAAACCUUAAUACUAACUUGUAAAACCGUCUCAGGACACCGGUUUAACCACCAAUACAUGAAUGCAACCCUUCUGCUCAAUCAAAGGCAUUAGUGGGCGUCGAAAACUAUGGUGUGUUUAUGCCAUUUCACAUCACUAGCUCGAUUGCUUAUUUAUCAAAUUCAACUUUUGUUCUUUUACUUCGGAAAAUCAACAUUUAAGGGCCGAUUAUCAGGAUCAAACCUAUUAUUGCGCUUUUAGUAGUUUUUGCUGUUAUUCUUCUGUAACUAGGUAUCGUUUUAUGAUUGGUUGACAGGCAAGCCAAGGUCAGUCAGUCGGGUACAACGUAGGACAAGCCACAUGUGGGCAUCGGUUCAAGUUACCAUACCUCAAAUAUGAUGAAAUGUCGAUAUUUAGAUUUCCUCAAACACGUUUCAGAGCGAACUCGACUCCAGUUAACUAGACUCCACACUAUGUAUGUGUUUCAGGUUAUCUCCACAUUUUGGAAGGUGUGUCAUCCUCAGGAAAGACUGUGGAGCUAGUCACAACUACCCUUCUCGGAAAAGUUUCUAACGAACAAAUUUUAAUAUUCACCGUAUAAUCGGUACACAAUAAUGUCUCGUUGCAAUCAGUUACAAUAAUGUCAGAUGUUGAUGCAUACCCAAGGUUUGCAGGUCGUGCACUGAAGAAUGAUUUGUCAGAUAAACUACUUAGUCCAUCUAAACAGGUUAGGUUCCGCCCGAAUGUAAUCACAAAUUCCUCUGAUCAUCUAGCUGACAAAGUGUCCUGGGAUUUUACUGAAUCUGGCCUCGAUGAAUUAACCAAUGUAACAUCAUCUUUUGGCAAUUCGGACUCCAUUUCCAUAUUGCAAAAUCGUUACCCACCAGAUAAUGCGCCAACACAAAGCCAUUUUGAUUCUAAACAAACAUUUUAUGAUGUAUCUGAGGCGAUGGAAAAUAAUGUCAAUAAAAUGUGUGAUCUUUCUGUAAAUACUGAAUGUCACCUUAAAGGCAGCUGUCAAAGUGUUUCAUUCCUCAAAACUACAGAUCACCUCCCUCAGCAGCCGUUAUCAUCCUGUGGUCCCGUAUAUAGUUCCAAAAACUGUCCUUCAGAUGCGAAAAGUUCAAGUGACCAAGAUCCCAGAGAACUACCCAGCUAUCCUUUUACGCAUUCCGAAAGUCUGUCCUUGUCAAGUUUGACAGAUUUAAGUUGCCUGGAUCCAGAUACAACUUCUUUUUGCGAUCCAGGCGAGGCGACUCUAGAUUUUUCACAACCAGUCUUCAAUACAACGAAAGCCUUAGAACGGGAGAUUAAAUCCCUGUCUAAGAAAGUCAACAGUGCUUCCAAAGAGCAUCCCGCUGACGAAAUACGCUUAGAAGCGGAACGUAUUGUAAAUGAAGCUUGCAAUACUCUUCCUGCUGGAGAUAACUCUACCAAUCCUUUAAUUCUCAAUCCAAGAAUCACUGUUAAUAUACCUGAAAAUGUAUCUAUGUAUGAAAAUCUUAUAGAUUUGACAGUGGAUGAGUCGGAAAUAGUACGUUUGGAGCGUCAACGAAUUGCAGCCCAGCGUAAACGGUUGAUCGAAGCGAAUAGAAAACAAAAUAUCAAAGUUGAUGAACCUGAACCAGAUUUGUUGGAAUUUUUCGAUCCAAACCGUCAUGUCUAUCAGUCAGUCAAUUUACAAUCGAAAGGUAUACGAAGUUUGCUGCCUACCUUGCAUUGUGCUUCUGAUGAUUUGGUCGAUGUGUUCCAACAUAAAAUUGUAUAUGAUUACUCUUCUUGGCUAUGCGAUACUUGAAAUGGCUAAUUGUUUGUGAUUAUUGGUCUCUUUUUGUUUAAGGAAGAAGGGUGGUUAAUAAUUGGCAUCAUACCCCUGAUUGUACAGUAUUUCUUUAAAUUUUUUUACACGUAUUGAAAUAAAAUAAAAUAAAGUACGGGAAUGAAAUAAUUGUGAGAAUCCACAGAAAUACGUAAUAAAAUGAUGUUUCAAUGU